AUAUCAAGAUGCAUUUCUUGAUUUUCAGUGCUUUGCUCUGCAUUUGCAGUUGCAGCUGGGCCAAUGGGUCGGAUACGCAAUUCAAUUUAACCCUCUACAGGCAAAUGCCCCCCUUACAUCAGCUGGACGACUACGAUCUGUGCCUGCAGCAGCGGCCGAGUCAGCUGCUGGCCCACAGCACCUAUUGCCUGGUCUACGUGGAGCUGAGGCCCAACGGCAGCUCCGAGCUGUGGCAGCAGAUCGAGCGGGUGUCCAGGGAUGCGAAGCAUCACUACAGACACGAUCAUCUCUUUGUGGGCGUUUGCGUGGAGCGCUGCAAGCGAUUGCUGCACACGUUGGCCAGAUUUCAGAUACAGCAGCUAUACGAGGGCAAGGUCGAGGACCAGGAACUCAGCAGCCACUAUGCCAAGGUGCACCGCAGACUAUCCGACGAGCGCCUGCACUACGAUCACCUGAUCAACAGCUGCCUGAACAAGGAGCUCGGCUCAAAGUAUCAGCUGCGCCUGCGCAGCAGCAUUGAGUACUGCGAGCGAGCGAAUGAGCCAUUGGAGCACGAUGCUCUCGAUGUGACGGUCUAUGCGCUGCUCGCUCUGCUGCUGCUUUUAACCAUAGUCUCGUCCAGCUACGAUUUCAGCUUGAAGCGCAGGCAGCCGCUGACAAGCGCGGCGCGUGGGAGUCUCUUCUAUCAGCAGGCGCUCAAGACAAGAGCUCAACAAUUUCUGUGCUGCUUCUCGCUCUGUCGCAACUAUUAUCGCCUGAUUCGGCCCCCGAGCAGCGAUUUCUCGCGCGAUCUGCGUUUCUUCGAUGCAUUCCGUGUGAUUGGAGUAUUUGUCGUAAUCCUGGGGCACACUUUGAUGAUCUUUAUGACGCUGCAGCUGCAGAAUCCCGAGUUCUUUGAGCUCUAUCUGUACAGAUUCGAGACGUCCUUGUUUCAGAAUGGAAACGCAGUCAUCCAAAUAUUUUUCGUAAUGAGCGCAUUUUUGCUCUACGUCAACUUUACGGAGCGAGAGUGGAUCAAUAACUCCUCCAGUGUUUUCAGCUGCAUCGGAGUUUACUUUCGGGUAUUUUUCAAUAGGUAUUUCCGACUGUUGCCCUCGUUAGUUCUACUGAUACUCUUCAAUGGAUCCGUUCUGACUCGUCUGGGCGAUGGUCCCUUCUGGCGGCACCUGACAGAGGCGGAGAGAACUUUUUGCCGGGAAACCUGGUGGAAGAACGUAUUCUUUGUCAACAACUAUAUGCUGCAAGAGAGUUGCGCUCAGCAAACCUGGUAUAUGGCAGCCGAUAUGCAGCUCUUUGAGCUGUUUCUAAUAAUUAUUAUCGUAACAAAAAAGCAUCCAGCAUUAACUAGAUACAUCUAUGCACUGCUAAUCAUCGCCAUAUUCGCUGUGCCUGCUUCAAUCACAUAUUAUCUAAGCCUGGAUGCAGUCUAUCACAUGAAGCCAGAAACCUAUCGCUAUUUAUAUUUUCGCAACUCGGAGACGUUCGACCAAAUAUACCCGCCUUUCUACACAAACUUGGGCGGGUAUUUCAUGGGCUUUCUGUGUGCUCAAUUCUAUUUGAAAUUUCUACCUUUGCCAGAGGCGAAGAGCUCCAAAGGCAAAUGGCAACUGGAACUAGGCCUGUGGCUCUUAGUCUUGGUUAUUCUGCUAAUUCUCUUCUCUGGCUAUAUAUUCAUCAAAUUCGAUUUUGAGAAGCCUUCCAUCUGGCUGGCUCUCUACGCGGGCGUCUAUAAGAAUUUGUGGAUUCUAACGUGUGCGGGCUUUGUGUGUUGCAUGUGCUUUAAAGUGGGAUGGCUGGCGUAUGAGUUUUGCUCUCUUUCUGUGUUUCGACCACUGGCGCGCAUUUCCUUUCAAGCGUUUCUUUGGCAUGUUUUUGUUCUACGGGUUGUCGCUGGCUCUUAUCGACAACCUGUUUAUGUAAACAGUUUCUUUUUGUUUCAAUAUGUAGUUCUGGUUUUUGUGCUUACGCAAAUCGUUGCUUUCUUUAUGGCGCUCCUAUUCGAAUAUCCACUGAUAGAGCUAUUUAAACUGAUCAUGAUGCACCACAAGACAUCAAAACAAACGACAAGCAGUUUUCAAAUCGAUAUGAAUGCACGUUAGAGUUAAUUUUAAAUAAUGUUUUGCUUUAAUUCAUUGGGAUAAUCAAAAAUUAAAUAAUAAUAGCAAACAUA